AUGGAAAGAAAGGGGGUGUCGGCGACACGCAUCCACGCUGAGAACGACUCCUGUGCAUCACCCCGGACCGAAGCAGCGCUCGCCCAAUUCCUCAGCGACCCACGUCCUGCCGCCCAGGAGCCCAAGGCUCGCUCUCCUUUGCAAAAGGACCUCAGGAACGCCAAGAAGGAAGGGGACCUGCUGACCGCCCAGGCGCGCCUCAAGGACGUGGAGGCUUUGCUGAACUCCAAGGAGGCUGCGCUCUCCACAGCCCUGGGCGAGAAGAGGAGUCUGGAGUCGGAAGUGCGGGACCUGAGAGCACAGGUGGCCAAGCUGGAGAGCGCCUUGGGCGAAGCCAAGAAGCAGCUGCAGGACGAGAUGCUGCGCCGCGUGGAUGCCGAGAACCGGCUGCAGACGCUGAAGGAAGAGCUCGAAUUCCAGAAGAACAUUUACAGCGAGGAGCUGCGGGAGACCAAGCGCCGCCACGAGACCCGGCUGGUGGAGAUCGACAACGGGCGGCAGCGGGAGUUCGAGAGCAAGCUCGCCGAAGCCUUGCAGGAGCUGCGGUGCCAGCACGAAGCCCAGAUCAGGCUUUACAAGGACGAACUGGAGAAGACCUACGGGGCGAAGCUGGAGAACGCCAAGCAGUCGGCCGAGAGGAACAGCAACAUGGUGGGCGCUGCCCACGAGGAGCUGCAGCAGGCCCGCAUCCGCAUCGACACGCUCUCCUCCGAAGUCAGCCAGCUGCAGAAGCAGUUGGCGGCCAAGGAGGCGAAGCUGCACGAUUUGGAGGACAUGCUGGCCAGGGAACGCGAGACCAACCGGCGCCUGCUCUCCGACAAGGACCGGGAGAUGGCCGAGAUGCGGGCGCGCAUGCAGCAGCAGCUGGAUGAGUACCAGGAGCUGCUGGACAUCAAGCUGGCUCUGGACAUGGAGAUCAACGCCUACCGCAAGCUGCUGGAGGGCGAGGAGGAGCGGCUGAGGUUGUCCCCCAGCCCUUCCUCCCACAAAGGCCCAUCCCGGAGCCACUUGUCCACCCCGGGCUCCUCCAAGAAGAGGAAGCUGGAGGAUGGCGAGAGCCGGACCAGCUUCUCCCACCACGCCCGGACAAGCGGCCGCGUCGGCGUGGAGGAGGUGGAUCUGGAGGGCAAAUUCGUCCGUCUCAGGAACAAGUCCAACGAGGACCAGGCGAUGGGGAACUGGCAGAUCAAGCGGCAGAACGGAGACGAUCCCCCCAUCACCUACCGCUUCCCCCCGAAGUUCACCCUGAAGGCUGGCCAGGUGGUCACGAUCUGGGCCUCGGGGGCUGGGGCGACCCACGCCCCCCCCAGCAACAUGGUGUGGAGAGCCCAGAGCAGCGGCUCGGGGGGGCACAGGGGGGAGGUGGCCAUGCGGAAACUGGUCCGCACCGUGAUCAUCAACGAUGAAGAUGAGGAUGAGGACGAUGAUGAGGUGAACAUCCACCACCGCCAUCACCACGGUAGCUGCGCUGCCUCUGGGGACCCCGGCGAAUACAACCUCCGCUCGCGCACGGUGGUCUGCGGCACGUGCGGUCAGCCGGCCGAGAAGCCGGGCAACCCGAACUCCGGUAUCAACACCGUCUCCUCGGGCUCGUCCACUUCCAGCGUGACCGUCACCCGCACCUACCGCAGCGUCGGCGACUCCGGCGCCAUCGGACACCUUGGGGACACCUUGGUGGGCAGCAGGACCUACCUCCUGGGGAACUCCAACCCCCGUAAGCAGGCUCAGGCUGUGCAAAACUGCAGCAUCAUGUAA